GGCUGCAGCCGGGGCGGGGAAGCAGUCGGCGGCCACCUGCGAGGAGUCUGCGGGGCCGCCUAAUGCCCCGUCCCCUGUGCCCUCCCCGCGCCGCCUCCUCCAGCUGCGCCGGCCGCGCCGGGCAGAGCACAACAGCCGGGGCCGGGGCUGCGCUGCCCGCAGAAUGAUUGCCUUUGGAAUAAAUUACCGCUGUGCCAGCAGAAUCCAGGAGCUUUUACUGAAAUUCAAGAUUUCUCUAGCUAUCAUUUUACUUCACUUGUUGCUGACCACAGCAGGCAAAGCCCAGGAUGGAUUCCUCGGGAAAUACAAAGCUGUUUUUAAGACUGCAUGUGAAGAAGCUUGGACUCUAUCACCAGGGAUUUCUGUGCCGCCUCUGAAAGAAUUCACAAUUUGCGUGUAUCUUAAACUACUGACUUCAAGUGAUCCUUGGACAGCAUUUGUAUAUGUUAAAGAAACACCUGAGAGCAUUCAAUCUGUGAAGAAGUAUGAACUGGGACUUACAGGAGAUGGCAACAAAUUGACAGUUUGGUUGUUUGGCUAUCAAAUAGACCUAACAGAAAAUUUUUAUCCGGAGGAUUUGCAACAAGUAUGCAUAGAAUGGAAGAAUACAAACAAUGAGAUGAAGCUAUUUAUAAAUGGAAGAAAAACAGGAAGCCAACAACUGCCUGAUAAACUAACCCUUGAUGGAAAUGGCCAGUUUCUGCUUGGCUGUUCACAGCCAUCACGGACAGCCUCGUCUUCUGCUGUGGGUAUGGUCGGCGAGUUGUACAUGUUCAGAAUGUGGGAUAAAGCUGACAUAAAACUUUCACAUGACUGCAUAGAUGGCAGUGUUCUAAGCUGGCGAAGGAAAUACUGGGUCUAUAAUCACACAAUAGAAGAGAGCAACGCUUUGCCUUGUGCAAACACUGUACAUUCCCGGUUAUCAAUUCUAUCACGGCCUGUAACCAUAACUGAUGCAGCUUCAUUACAAAAUACAAGCACAGAAGCCAGAACUUUAAGAUCCAAGGCAAACCAAACAGAUAUGAAUUCAGAAGAUACUACAGACUCUGCAGUGGAUGCUGUAAAGUCUAAUUUACCAGUUGCAACAACCAUUGCUGAAUCAUCUAUUGUUACUUUUAUCACCUACCCUAUUAAUGCUUCAGAUACAGCUUCAGAAGAAAUUACACAUACUUCAGAAACUAUUAAUGGCCUUGAUUUGAACUCUUCCACAACAUCAGGAACACUAUCUGAAAAUAUAAGCAUUGGUACAAUUAUCAAUACUGUUCAACCACUUCCCAUCAAUAUCAAUGAAACAGAACCAAAUCAUUUGUGUAAUUCAUCAGUCAUCUGCAAUGAUUCAGUUUUCUACAUGGGCAAGGUAAAAUUUCAGUCCGGUGAAGAAAUCGAUACUUCAUUAAAUGUUGAAAUAAUUAAUAAUAUCAGCAGCAAACAAGUUACAAAAUUAAUUCCACUUACAACUCAUACUCUACAAGACCCAACAAUUUCAGAAUUCAACAAAACAUUGCAAAAGAUAAGUCAGUCUUCAGUUAUGGAGUGUGCUGCAGAAAACCAAAGCAUACCAGUCUGCAGUUUCAUAAUAAAGGUGGCUAGGACAAUGAAUAUAAGCAAUGUAAUGGCAAAUUUAAGAGAUAGCAUAGAAAUAAGUCAAAUAGAACAGUACUGCUGUUCAGCUCUGCAGUCUUGUCCCUCAACUUCUGAAGAGUUACAAAUAUUGCAACAUAAUGUACAAGACCCAGCUGCGUGUGCUUGCCCUGCCACUUCUCCAGCUGCUUCUUCUGCUAAACAUUCGGUUGUCACCUUUCAUCCCUGUACUCCUCCUUCCAAAUCUACAGCUGUUUUCCCUCUUCCUCUUCCCACAAAACCAACCACUAAAAUGACUUUUGCGAUUGACCCUGCAUCUAAAACUUUCAACAAGCUUACCACUACCAUUCGCAGUUCUAUAGCAUCUACCUAUCCAACAACUAAAAUUCCUCUUUCAUCCAAACCUACCAUCACAUCUCCCACCAAACCCAUUACUAGAAUUCCUUCUGUUAUGCCCUCUACCCAUACUACCACUAUAUCUCCCAACAAACCUGCCAUCAUAUAUUCUCCUCCUGUUUCUUUCACUAAAUCAACAACUUUGGUUCCUGCUAUUGCUGCCUCGGCAAAACCUAAUACCACCACUACUUCUGGUACUCAUCCGACUGCUGAUGGCCAUGAUAGCCUGACCAAUGGGAACACAGGAAAUACCACACAUACCACAAUUAAUGCCUCCACACCUGAGGACAUAAUAUCUGAAAUGGAAAAAGCUUUGUCAGUAGGAAAUUUAGAGCCAAAAGUUGCUGAAAAAAUGGUGAACGAUAUUAGUAAACUCCUAAAUUCUUCAAAGUGUAAACUAUCCUCAAUGUCUAAAAGAAUAAUACAACUUGUGGAUACUAUUGGCUUAAAACUGAACUUUUCAACAAAAUCUAUUAAUUUUACAUCCCCUUCCUUGGCUCUGGCAGUCAUUAAAGUCAACAGCAGCAGCUUCAGCAAAAUGUCCUUUGCUGUCCGAGAUUCAUCAGAUCUUCAGAUUGCUCUAGGGAUUCAAGCACCUACAAACAAUGUUGGAGCAAUUACGCUUCCUUCAUCAUUAAUCAAGGACUUACCUUCUGAAGAGACUGAUCUGGCUUCUAGAAUUAUAUUCAAUUUUUUUGAAAAGACAACUGUGUUCCAGGAUCCCUCACUUGAGAAUCUAUCUCUAAUCAGCAAGGUCAUAUCAUCCAGUGUGGCUAACCUCACAAUUAACAACUUGAAGGCAAAUGUUACUAUCACUCUACAGAACACCAGGCCUUGUCCGGAUAAUUUAACAGUUAGAUGUGCAUUUUGGGACUUUAAUAAAAAUAGUGGUCAAGGAGGUUGGGCAUCGGAAGGCUGCAUGGUCAAAGAAAGGACACCAAAUGAAACAGUCUGUUCAUGCAACCACCUUACAAGCUUUGCAGUAUUGCUGGACCUGUCUAGAAAUACUACUUUAUCUGCAAAACAAGAACUGGUCCUGACUUUUAUUAGCUACAUAGGUUGUGGCCUUUCUGCAAUUUUUCUGUCUGUUACUCUUGUGACCUAUGUAGCCUUUGAGAAACUCCGGAGAGACUACCCUUCCAAAAUCCUCAUUCAGCUCUGUGCUGCAUUACUUCUGCUGAAUCUAGUUUUCCUCCUUGAUUCAUGGCUUGCACUAUAUAAUGUACGAGGCCUGUGCAUCACAGUAGCUGUGUUCCUUCAUUAUUUUCUUUUGGUUUCCUUCACUUGGAUGGGUCUUGAAGCUUUCCACAUGUACUUGGCCCUCGUGAAAGUAUUCAAUACAUACAUACGGAAAUAUAUCCUUAAGUUCUGCAUUGUUGGCUGGGGUGUACCAGCAGUUAUUGUAGCCAUUGUAUUGGCUAUAACACCAGAUAACUAUGGCCUUGGAUCAUAUGGAAAAUUUCCAAAUGGCACACCAGAUGAAUUCUGCUGGAUUAACAGUUCCAUUGCCUUCUACAUUACUGUUGUGGGGUACUUCUGCAUGAUAUUCUUGUUGAACAUCAGCAUGUUCAUAGUGGUGCUGAUCCAGCUUUGUCGAAUCAAAAAGAAAAAGCAACUUGGCGCUCAAAGAAAAACCAGUAUUCAAGAUCUGAGGAGUGUUGCUGGCCUCACAUUCUUAUUGGGAAUUACCUGGGGAUUUGCCUUUUUUGCAUGGGGGCCAGUGAAUCUUAUAUUUAUGUAUCUCUUUGCCAUCUUUAACACCUUGCAAGGCUUCUUCAUUUUUAUAUUCUACUGUGUAGCAAAGGAAAAUGUCCGCAAACAGUGGAGACGAUAUCUGUGUUGUGGGAAAUUCAGGCUGGCUGAAAAUUCUGACUGGAGUAGAACUGCCACUAAUGGUUUGAAGAAGCAGACUGUAAACCAGGGAGUAUCCAGCUCUUCAAAUUCCUUGCAAUCAAACAGUAACUCCACUAAUUCUACCACACUGCUAAUGAAUAAUGAUUACUCAGUACAUGCAAAUGGCAAUGGCCAUCUCCCCAGCGAGAAGAAUGGUGUUUCUUUCAAUGUGCAGAAUGGUGAUGUGCGUCUUCAUGACUUUUCAGGAAAACAGCUUGCAUUUUAUGAGAAGGAUGAAACAGACAACAAAAACAGCCGUAUCUCACUCAGAAGGACUUCAAAGAGGGGAAGCCUACAUUUUAUUGAGAGAAUGUGAUGAUUUUCAAAAGCACAUUGUUUUACAGAGUGAAGUACAGAUAACUUUAACUGAUUUACAUAAUGUGAGAAGAUCAGAAACUGAUUUUAUUUAAUAUAUGGUACUGAAGCUUCAAGGCAACCAUAACUUGGAUUUACAAGGACAGUUAUUUAAAAAUCAGUGCUACAUUUUGACAAGGUACUUCGGAUGCUGCAUUUUAAGUGGCAUAAUUUCCCGUUUAAUUCUUUCUUGUUUUUUAAAGAUGUAAAGACAAGUUUGAUUUUUAGACUGACUUUGUCAGUAUAACUAAGAUAAUAUACAUGAAUACAAUACAUAGUAAUAUUGUACAAAUGUAGGUAAGCACAAGCUAAACUUAAGAAGUUCUUAAGUUUUCUCUCAACAUGUUAAUUACUACUUCAACCUUUUUAUAGGUUAGAGUUGCUAACUUUAUAACAAUGUAUAUAAGCAGAACAAUAUCUGCCUUUCAGUGUCUGAAUGCUAUUUUUAAUAUUUAUUUCUUGGAAUAUAAAAUGAAAUAUUCCUUUUGUUUAGAAAAAUAAUUGAUAUUUGUUUUAACUUUGUUCUAGUUCAUAAUGUUGGUAAAGUUAAUUAGCUCAAUUAACUUCCUAUUUUAUCCUAUCUUAUAUCUUUAGAGAUAAUUUGUUCAGUAUGUGAAAUAUUUUACAGUGGUUAAAGCUUAAAGACAUUCAUGAGACAGAACCAUAAAUAGGAAUGCUGUCACAGUUGAACCACUGGCUGCCUGUUUCUGAGAUGCAGGAAUACAGAGGGUGGGGAUCUUCUCAAAGUAAAAUACUUUGCAAGGAGUGAUGUUAUAAAAUAGGCAAUAGGCUAUUAGAUGUAUAGCUAGAGUAAAAUCCUGGUCUUAUUGAAAUUGAUAGGAAUUUUGCUAUUGGUUUCAAUGGGGUCAAGUUUUCCCCCUUACUGAGCGCUGCAGAGAUAAAUACACUGCCAUUUUUCAGCUGCAAUGUUUAAUAGAAAAGUAGAAUAGUCAUUUUUUUAAAAGAAAAAAUAAUGGUAAGAAAAAUAUUCUAACUCCUAUUCUUGAGCAGCCAAGACAAUUGCCUGUUUCAUUAAUUAAUUUUCAUAAAAGGUCAAUUCCUGCGCUAUAAUGAGUAUUUCUACUUGAUUUUUGAUCUGUGUUUUAUUAACCAAAUCUUGCCAAACUUCCCUCAACUUUCAGCCUGAUAUAGAUGCAUUUGGGGAGGCCUCUGGUCAGGGAGUGCAAGAACUGCCACCAAUUAGUUUCCAUAGUAGUCCCUCUAAAAGGGAUCACUGAGUAUGUCCACAGAGCACAACAUAGUGUCACACAGAGAUAGUUGCACUAACGCUAAAAAGGUCUCAGCAAGAUGUAUUAGCUUGGGCUGAGCAGUAUGCUAUUGCAGUUAUACUACUUCAGUACCCUAGUGGGCUUGUUCAGAGCUGGCUCUGAACACUGUCUCUACAUGGCAUUACCCUGUGGUCAUUCUGGCUUUCUUUAAAGGAACAGCAGAUAUUGUACAUUCUUGGAAGGCAGCUCGCUGUGAGCAGUCCUGAAGCAAUCCUGUAAGUGCUGUUGAGCACUGGCAUCACCAGAUUUGGGGAUCUGUUUGCCCUGCCACAAUUGAACCUUACCAUUCUCAUAAGCGUCCAGCCCUUCUGUGUUUUUUAUGCAAUAAAUGCAUUCUGUUUGUCAUCCUGCCCCUGAUACUAACCUAAAUAAAUUUUUGCAGCAACUGUU